AUGACUGGCAAUCCAUGUAAGAGAUUUGUUUGGAGUGACUCAGAUGGUUUUGAUUCAAGGCACAGACAAGAUCCUGAAGAUUCCCGUGAGGCCCACAAGCAGAAAACAAAAGAGAAGGAAAGAGGACUGGCUGUGAGUCAGUGGGACGUGGAUGUACAACCCCUUGUUUCAUCUUCUAAAUGGCUUCAACUUCAUGGGCUCAAAAGAAAUAAACUGUCCCUAUCCCAGAUCUUGUCACAGAUUGGAUUUCAGCACAGGAAAGAUUAUGUGACCAUCCUGGGGAAAUCUGUGGCUUCUCGGUAUGCAGAUGGUCUGUUUCCUCAGUACAAGGAAGCACAAGAUGGCAGUGUGUAUAAUCUGACAGCCAAAAAAGAACUGAUUCUUCAUUUUGUGGAUUGUCUAAUGGGAGCUAUUGAGCUAUAUAAGCAGCGAAUGGAAUGGUUAACCAGUGAGAGCCGACAGAUAUUUGGAGUGAUUCAAGAACGGUCCAUUGUCAUUGUUUUGGAUUUUGGCACUGUAGCUCCAGCUGAAUUUGAUCUAUGUCGGGAUGCACUUUCUAUGGUACUCAUGGAACAGGUGACCCAAAUUGCCAAAUUCAACCUCAUUCGGGCUGCUCGGGAUCUUAUGAAGUGGCAACAGAAAUCUACUCCUGUGUCUAAGCAUACUGUAAAGUCUGCUGUUACAUGGCUCUGGAGGCUGGACCAUACGACAGCUGCCAGCCAUACCAACUCUGCUGAAGCUCUGCUGGAAGCCAUGAGUGAUGAGGCGGCUGAAUCUGUUUAUUACUUUGUUGUGGGUGAUGUGCCAGUGGACACAAAGGAGCUACUCCUUGAGAAGGUUUCUGAUGGCCCCUGUCCAGUCCACGCUGUGUCUUUCAAUGCAAGGGAAGAUGAAACUAUUUUUUUUCUGAAGGAGUUGAGCAACUUGGCCUCUGGCAGAUUCCAUGCUUUUGUUGAGAAGAAUGACUCUAGAGAUGCUGCUGGACCUGAAAUAAAAUGUGAAAAGGAUGGCAAAGGUCUAAUUGCCCUGAAUUCCAGAAAAGUGAAAGGGCGAAUGCCCCUAGUAGCUGGUGUCCGUGAAGAUGUCUUUUUGAUCUGGAAGGAAUUAGAGGAAGCCAAGAGUACAGCAAGACAAAUUCAGAAAAUUUUAUCAGAAUCUGACCAAUCUGCUUCUCAAGAUGCAACCAAAGGUGAUCAUUCAUUACGAAAACAUACAUCUGACAAGUAUUUGACUUCUGAGAAGUGGUUGGAGAAGUAUGGCUUGAAAGCUCAGAAGCUCACACUGUAUGAUGCACUUGCUGAUUGUACUUUUCGCCAUGUGGAUGGGAUUGUUGACAUAAAAACUAAACCAGAAGAUGAAUCUUCACAAACUGAUGCUGAGACAAAAAGGAAGGUAAUUCAUGCAAAAUACUGCAACAGAUUUGUACAUACCUUCUGGAAGGAUGGAUCUAUCGUUCACCUAUAUGUUAGUACAGAAAAGUAUAAGCAGUAUGAAGAGAAAAUGAGGACAGCUCUCAGACUAGUGGAAGGAAGGAUUAAGUGGCUUCAACAAGGAAGCAGAGGUCUCUUUGGGAAUGUGUUUGAAGAUGAUGUCUAUAUUCUCAUUGAUACAUCCCAGUCUAUGAAAGACAAGUUGCCACUGGUGAAGGAGAAAAUAUUUCAGCUCAUACAGGAACAGCUGAGACACAAAAAGAGAUUUAACUUCGUGAAAUUUAGUGCCCAAGCAUUGGCAUGGCAAGAGAAACUUGCUGAAGUUAAUGAGGAAAAUUUGCAAGAUGCCUGGCUUUGGAUAAAAGGGCUUAAGGUUGGAGGUUCCACAAAUACACUCAAAGCUCUCCAGAUUGCUCUGGCUGAUACUGACACACAGGCAAUUUAUCUCUUGACUGAUGGGAGACCUGAUCAGGUAUUUCUGAACCCCCCCCCAAUAAUUUUGGCUCAUGUCCAGAUUCACUGUAAAGUUCCCAUCCAUACUGUAUCCUUCAACUGUGAUGAUAUAGAAGCUAAUAAAUUUUUACAUGAACUAUCUACUGAAACAGAGGGCCGGUUCCAUUAUUACAACAUUUAUUUGACUGAUCCUGAUGCUGCGGAGUUUAUUGUUAAUGAAGACAUACAUCUUUUGAAAAGAGAGAUUGAGCAAGGAGAAAGAGACCUGGAGAAAGUGAAGACCUUUCAUGACGAAUGUCUGAUGAUGGAUUGUUGUAAUGGAGAAAAUGAUUUAGAGAAUAACAGUAGGCCAUGCUGUGCUUCAGAAGAGCCAACACUGACGCCACAUCAGCAAACCUGGCAAACCACUGCUGACAGUCCAGCCCAAAGGAAAAAAGCAUUAUAUGCAGAGCAAACUAAGACGAGUCUGCUACGGAUACUCAGGAAAUCUAGGGAAGAAAGCCCAGAGGAAGGAAUAUUUCCUGAAAAAAAGAGGUUUUCUGUCAAAAAGAGUGUGAAAUGUACAACCACUUGUGAAGGCAAGUUGCCAGAACAGGAGUCUCUGGAUCUGAAGGUGCAGAAAUCUGUGAAAAGGGCAUCUAAAAGUUCUUUAGAUAUCUCUUCAGCUCUUUGGUUAAAGACCCAUGGCUUGGUUGCUAGGCGACUCACCAUCGUGGAUGCCUUAGCUCCUACUGCUGUUCCUCAUGGUGCCAAAUACAUCCCAGUUCUGGACAAACACGUAGUUUCUAAAGUAUUUGAUAAGAUCCUACCAUUGGCCCACGUUGGCAACAACAAGAAGUGGAUCACACUAGUUAAUCCUCAGGCAGUGAAUCUUGAUGCCUAUAAAGAGAAGCUGGAACAAGCAAUUAAAUCCUAUGAAAGGCGCCUAAAUCUAGUUAUUUGGAGAGCACUCCCUCAGGAGGAAAGAGACAAAUUUAAAGAGGAUGGGCCAGUCCAAUAUAUGCAACAUAAAGAAGCUUUGCUGGAAUCUUUAGAGAAUUUGGGAUGGCCAAUUUCCUAUGAAGAUGUAAUAUUGUUAGAAGAUGAGGUACUGACAGCAUUAACAUAUAAACAACAAGCCUCUGAUCUUCAGGAAGCUGCCAAAAAGGAAACUGAGAAAAGCUCAGAAUCAUGCUUAAGCAACAAUAAAAAGAGACUUGAAGAAGGAACUGUGAAGUCAAAAUCUAAAAAACCCAAAAAAGGCCAAGUAUUUGCAACUCACAAAAGCCAAAAGGUGAUUGCAAGAUCAGACAUCACAGGAUUUUAUUAUCCAGGAACUGUGAUAAAGAAUAUCAGUUCUACCUGUGCACUUGUUGACUUAAGCAAUGGGGAGACCUGUAUUGUACCUGUGAAGUUCAUUAUACCUGUGGGAGGUGCUAUGCCAUGCCCGUAUCUGCAGGUUGGAGACUACGUGUUUGCCAGAACUGGGACACAGACAGGAAAUGAAUAUUAUGUGCCUGCCAUUGUCAUAGCAACACCAAAGAACUUGGAAAUGGGUGACAAACUGUACACAGUUCUGAUGUUCAACAACAGGAAAGAACACUGUGUAAGAAGCAGGCUUAUUAAAAUCAGCCAAAUGAAGUAUGCUUUUUCCUGUCGGUAUAUCAGAAUGGUACAGAUGGUGGAUUAUAUGAUGUGA